AUGAACUCCCUCCGUAUUGCUCGUGCCGCCCUCCGGGUGCGCUCCACUGCCGUCCGCGCUCCCCUCCAGCGCAGAGGCUAUGCUGAGGCCAUCAAGCUCAGCCUUUCCCUCCCUCACCAGGCCAUCUACAAGUCCCAGGAUGUCGUCCAGGUCAACAUCCCCGCCGUCUCCGGUGAGAUGGGUGUCCUCGCCAACCACGUUCCCUCCAUCGAGCAGCUGAAGCCCGGCCUUGUCGAGGUUAUCGAGGAGAGCGGCAGCAACAAGCAGUACUUCCUUUCCGGUGGCUUCGCCGUUGUCCAGCCCGGCUCUAAGCUCAGCAUCAACGCCGUUGAGGGUUACGCCCUUGAGGAUUUCAGCGCCGAGGCUGUUCGCGCCCAGAUUGCCGAGGCCCAGAAGAUUGUCAGCGGUGGUGGUAGCCAGCAGGAUAUCGCCGAGGCCCAGGUUGAGCUCGAGGUAAGUUCAGGAGAUCGGGCAGUUGGGUGCGGUUGCGCCGUACGUGUGGUUUGGUUACUAACAAGAUGA